ACCUUCUGAGUGCACGCGAGGCAUGUCUGAUCUGGCCACAGUGACUCACGGUUACCAGAAGGCAGCCGCUCCAUUUCCUGCGUUGAAGUCCACCCGGAUUUCACAGGAACUAUGAGCUCAAAACGGAAAUGCUUUCCAAGGCGUGUAUCAUUGGCUACUUGUAAAAGGGAGUGAUUGCUGCAGGGCGUAACUUGACACUGUGACUUGUUCUGUUUUCUUCUUACCACUUAUUGCCUUCAGAAGAUCCAUGAAGUCAGACUUCCUAGUGUAUAUAGUGGAGGUUUCUGAUGUCUCGUCUACGAUGACAGCACCAAAUCCACCAGUUCUUGCUGACUAGUUUACAUUAAAGGAACAGCUGAUCCCAAAUGGUCCGUGUAUGGGGGACUAUGAUGAUCCCAUGGGUGUUACUGGUCUCACUCUUCUGCAAGAGCACACAAGAUGGAAAUGGCCAAGAAAGUGGUGUCCUGCAUUGUGGAGCUCAGAAUCUGAAACUAACCGGCUCCGGUCAGAUGAUCCUGUUAACGUGGGAGGACACGCCUUCCUGCUCUGCAGUACAGGAUGUGCUGAUCUAUGAGCUGCAGGUUCUCAUAGCGGACAAGAAGGAACAUUAUGAUGAAGUUGCUGUGACGCCUGACCAGAUAGGAUCUACUCACUCCUGGAACUGGACGUCAUAUUUGGCACUGGAGUGCGCUUCCCAUUCAGUGAGGCUCAGUUCCCGAUACAAAAAUCAUACAAGCCCAUGGAAGCAAGAGACUCUUCCCGGGGUUGAAACAUCAACACCACAGGUUUAUCCAAAGGACAAAUCCUUCAAGGUUGGCAGUACAGUCACCUUCUGCUGUGUUCUGCCUGCGGGGGACGUUUUUGGCAAAUUGUAUCUGUCUGGGUAUAAUGGUGCUGGUAUAAAUACCAGGAUCAGCAAUCAGACCUACGCCUUGACCGUCCACCUGAACCAGGCGUCAGAAUACAGUUGCACCGAUGUAAAAUGUGAACUGAAUGGUGUAUAUGGGGCUUGUGCUUAUAUUGGCUACCCACCUAAAGUCACGGACCUUCAAUGUGAAACCCAAGAUCUGCAAUCAGUUGAUUGCCACUGGACAUAUAAAGACUCAAGACAAACCUUUAGAAAUCCAACAGAAUAUCAUCUACUUGAAAGUCCGUCAAUCUGUGCACGGUCGCCCGAGACGAGAUGCUCCCAAAAACUACGAGUCGACGCUCGCGAGAGAAACUGGACAUUAACAGCAAGGAAUUCUUUUGGCACGGUGGAGCUUUCCGACACUGCAGACCUGACCAAAAGAGUGCACAUGUUCCCUCCAAAGGGAGUGACAGCUUCGAGUGUGAAUACCAGAAAUGUCACCUUGGGGUGGGAGUGGACGGUGCAACAGUACUACAAUCUCAGUUUAAUAUGCCAAGUGAAAAUGAACAACCAUGGGGAAAACACCAUAAGUGAACACGUUGGAGUUGGUCUUAACUUUGCUGUUUUGAAUGACCUGAUACCAAAUUGGAAAUAUCAUGUGAAAAUACGAUGCAGAACAGCACAACAUUUCUGGAAAUGGAGCACCUGGAGCACAAGGGUCAGCUUCCAUACAAAGGCUGAUGUUCCAGAUGCUCUUGAUGUCUGGAUGCAGGUGAUGGACAACCAUAUUAUAAUCAUCUGGAAGAAGCCACUGCCCCACCAGAGUCAUGGAGACAUCAAAGACUAUGAAGUGACCUGGACAAAGAUCACAGAGAGAGAGCGACAAAAUAGGACCAAAGUGGGUCCCAACAUUAACAGCCUUGCCCUCAGUCUGGACACCACUGUUGAGCAUAUCGUCACGGUUACAGCUAGGAAUAUAAACGGCAGUUCACCCCCAUCAACCAUCACCAGCUCCAAUCCAGACAGAACCAGAGUGACCACUUCUUUGAUUAUUGGCAGCAACGGUAGCUUCAAGCUGUCCUGGUCUGCCAGUCCUACAGCCAGCUGUGGCUACAUAGUGGACUGGUGUCCUACCGUAGGAAGCUGCACUGUGGAGUGGCUGAAAGUGCCUCCCAAUCAGACUAAUGCCAGUAUAUCUUCAAAAAACUUCAAAGAUGGACUGAGAUACACUCUGUCGGUAUAUGCCUGCACCCAGGGAGCUCCAGUGCUACUGCAAAGAAGGGAGGGCUAUGUCGCAGAGAAAAAGAUACAAAACAACCUGUUUAAAUCCUUGAGGGGGCAACAGCAGAACUGGGAUUACGAGGUAUCCUGGGAGCCUGUACCUCUAAGAGAGCAGACUGCUUUUGUCCAAGGCUACGUCCUGUAUUGUCUGGACAACAACGAGAAAGUCUUCAACUUCAGCACAGACAAUCCCGAGGCCACUAGCCUGACAGCAAGAAACCUUAAAAUCAGUUCCUACACAUUCACCGUAAAGGCACGGACGGCGGUUGGAGAAUGCGGCGAUACAUCCAUCACUGCCACCUUGAAUUCACUGACUGAUAACAUGAUCAAGGCGGUCUUCAUUUCCCUUGCCAUUGCUUUUGGUCUCCUUUCCCUCAUCACUAUUGUUUGCUACAGACAUUGGACAUGUAUCAAAGCUACGGUCUAUCCUCCAAUUCCAAAGCCAGUGUUGACAUCAACGGGUGAACAUGGAUGUCAUCAUAUUCACAUGGAUCAGUGUCACUAUAGUGAAGCAGAUAUCACGGAUGUUCCGGAACUGUAUUGUAGUGCAGGAGCACCAACAGAUGGUUUGGUCAGCCAGGAGAACAUGCCAUUUGUUUUUUCACAAACUCCAAUUGGUUACUACAACCAGACCCUGGAAAAGCCCACCCCACCGCCCCUCAGUUUACCAUAUACAGCCAUCCCAUCUCAGUCAUGGUUACCAUCUUCUCCAUUUAGAAGGGAAUUUCCUAAUGCGUCAUACAACCUGAUAAUGCAGCCUGGGAAUCCGCAAUCCAACUCACGUCCUGAGCUUCAGGAGGGAACGUCUCUAGAGAGAAGCUCCAAUGGAUACCAGCCUCAUGAUCACACCGAGACCUUCACUACACACCAGACAGAAGAAGGUCCAGAGGAUCCUAUACCCUGUGUCUUUAGUUACAUAUUGUUACCACAGUAAUCUUCCAGAUAGCUUCUGCAUGCAAUGCCGGUAUGCUAAGUAGGGAGGCCAGAAAGCAAUCUUAAGGAAUGGAGAUGAUUGUAUGUCCACUACUCAGGUCUAUGCUGAAAUAGCUCAACAACUAGUGGGUAGAUCGCUAUGAAAUUCAUAACAGACAUUCAAGGCCCCUAGUCACUAAAUCAUACUUUGGUGAUCCCCUAACCCCUCAUGUAGAGCCACCAUGAGGUAGACGUCGUUGGUUGUCAUUGAAAGCAACUAUUGCCAUGAACUUUGUUACGGACCUUCAUGAUCCCAGAGAACGAGUAGCGCCAUCAUCAGGUAACAGUUUCAAUUUCUCCUUUACGCUGUACUUUGUGUUUAGUGCUGUUAGCAUUCUAACACACAUGACACAAAACUGUUUUUGGGUGUUCGUGGCCUUCAGGGGCCCAAGUUGUUGAAGGUCCUUGUGCGUUUUUGACAAUGUUGUUGAGUUUGUUCUUUUCUUCUCCAGCUAUUGUGGUCAUUGUCAGUUGCUGAUCUUGUUUCUGUUUUUGUCACGUGUAAGAAAAUAGCAGGCUUGGACCCAAAAAUGCAGUGUAGAGACAAGGAGGCAGCGGGCCGAUUAUUAAAUGAGUACUGAGUGAAAGCGGCUCACAGCGGAAGGAGUCUUGAUUCGUGGAAGGCAGGCAAUCUUAAAGGUGGCAGGAAGACAAAAUGCUGGAUGGAAGUAACGGGGCUUUUCGGUGUUGCGCUAAUCCCUACGCCCAAAUAGCAGCGCUUCGUCUUUCUGAGAAUAUAGUUCCCAGUUAGUACGGUUAGUGCGGUUAGAAGAUGGCUGGGUGUCAUGUGACCUUGUUAUUUGUACACCCUGUGACUAUACAAACCACAACAUGUAUAUAGGAACAUGUUGGUGUUAUUUUGUCACUUAUUGGGAGCAGUAGCUAGUUACUAGCUAGAACCUGCAGGCUAAGCUAAGCUAAGCUAAGCUAAUGCUGGGGGCGUCAGAUACAGCACACAGGGUGAUGAAGGGUAUGUCUGGACUUGUCUAACUCUGAGGGACACGGUGAGUACGCUAAAGUCCCAAUAAGUCGGCGUGUUCCUUUAACGCCUAAAGGAAACUAAAGCAAGUUCAGUUGCCCCUGCCCCUUGACUUAACCCUUCUGGGUCAAGACCUUGAUGGCUGGGAAUCUGGAGACGUCUUGUUGUUGGCCUUGUUGUGUCAUGAAUGAUCCCAGAUGAAGAAGUAUACACUGUGAAUUUAUUGUAUAAUAAAACUUGACUGUAAUUUUUUCCAAUGCAGUUGGCUGUGUAUGUGUACAUACGUUUUAAAUGAAU